AUCACUUCCCCAGUACUGGCUGAUAAAAGGAUCAUAGCUCUCUGUGGUGGAGUGUCAGAGUCAUUAGGACCCAACACAUUCCUGUUCCCAGUCUGAGCAGUGACUCCUAUUUCUUAAACAAACUAUUUUUUUUUUCUUCAAGUGGUGUUUGUAAAACAUGCAACUGUCUGACUGGAAACCUAAAACUUUAAUUCGCUGUCACUAUGUAGAUUCUCUGGAGAAAUGACUUCAGCUCAUUCGGGAGGGCUUAGGAUUUCAUUUAUACGCUUGAUCUGUUCCUGGAUACUGAGGAUUUGGAGUAGGAGACUCCCAAAAAACAAGAGAAAUGUGUUGCUGAUAUGCACUGUUUGCGUAAUUUAUGUGAUUUUUCUUGCUUUUCAAGUUGCUCACUUUUUGCCCCAAAAUUCAAGCAAAGGACAUCACAAAAAGUUUAAAGAUGUGUCUACCAGACUCCUUAUUACUAAGCUGGAGCAGCAGAUCUUGUACCUGGAAAAUGUACACCCAGAGCACGAUGCCCUUGACAGCACAACUUCUGCAACACUGAGACCAAAUGUGGUGUAUAUCACCUUAAAAUCUAAAAGGAUUAAACCAGCCAAUAUUAGGGGCACAGUUAAACCAAAAAAGAGGAGGAAAUAUGCAACACUUUUAAAACAUGAGCAUUCCCAAAGUAUUAUACACAACUUUAAUAAGAAGGAGAAAAGGCGAAUACCAGAAGAGAAUAAAGUAAGUACCACUAUCCAUCAACCCAGUGUAAAUGGGAUUGUUAUUUUAGAUGACAAAAGGAAAGACUCUGGCAAUUAUCAGAGUAACAUUAGGAUAUAUAGUGACAGUGCACCCCCAUGGUUCAGUGCAGAAGAUAUCAGGGCAAUGAGGUUCCUAGCUGACUGUAGGAUCAGUCGGAUUAAGCAGGUGCAAUCAAGUCAUGGUGAUCUGAUCCUUUUUGAAAAUGAUCAAACCACAUUAAAUAGAAAUAUACUUUCCUCAGCUACCACUUCUGUCUGUCAGGGAAAGUGUGGCCUCAUUAAAAGACCUCUAGAUAUGAAUGAAGUAUUUGCUUUCCACUUGGAUCGAAUCCUAGGACUUAACAGGACUCUGCCAUCUGUGAGCAGAAGGUUUGAAUUCAUUCAAGAUGGCCUUCCUUGUCCAGUUAUUUUGUGGGACUCAGCCUUGUCACCAACAAAUAACAAAACACAAUCUUCUGUCCAGUUGAACUGGGGUUCCUAUCAGCAGAUGCUUAAACAGAAGUGCUGGUUGAAUGGCAGAGCACCCAAGGCAGAAUCGGGUUGUACUGGAAUUCAUCAUUAUGAAUGGUCCAAGAUGGCACUUUUUGAUUUUCUUCUCCAGAUUUACACCCGACUUGACAGACAUUGCUGUGGCUUCAAGCCUCGAAGAGAAGAUUUAUGUGUACAACAAGAAUUACACUUAAAAUGUGAAGACCCAGCAAGUGUGGAAUUAACACACAUUGUGCAGAGGAAGCUUGAUCCAAAGCACUUAGCUUUUAUAGACAACCAAGGAUUUUUUGACAGAAGUGAAGAUAAUCUGGAUUUCAAACUGCUGGAUGGAAUAAAAGAAUUUCCAGAAUCUGCAAUUUCAGUGCUAAAGAGUCAUCGAUUACGAGAAAAGCUUCUCCAGUCAUUUUUCUUGGACAAAAUCUAUUGGGAAAGUCAAAGUGGACGUCAAGGAAUUGAAAAGCUUAUUGAUGUAAUAGAAAGAAGAGCCAAAAUACUGUUGACUUAUAUAAAUGCACACGGAGUCAAAGUUGUGCCUAUGAAUGAUUAAAAUAGAAAGAAAUCUCAGGACAUAAAUACAUUGAAGUACUGCUGCAGGAUUACUUGAUAUUAUUAUAUAAUUAUAGAGAUUGUUCUACAAUUGAAACAAAUGUGGCUUAGUACUCCAGUUAUGCAGAUUGCACUAUAUAUUUAAGUACAAGUACGGUCUAGUCAUUUUAUUUUUACUAGAACGGAAAAGUGCUAAUAAUUCACUGAUUGCCUAUAUAAAAAAAACAAUCAAAUUGUUUGCAGUUGUAGGUGAAAUAGGGUACAGUUUUCUUUAAAAAUACCCUGAGUAUUAAGAAUGAUUGUGGUCUGAGAGAGACACCAGGGCAGAACAAAAUGGCUUCACAUUAAGUCCCAGUCAGUUUAUGAUUAGUGGUAGACAUGUGCAUUUUGGAUUUAGAUGAAUACAAGAAAUAAAAAUGAUUAAUUUUGCUGUAUUCUUUACAUUUGUCUGAAUACACAAAACAAGGAUGGAAAAGCAUUGUCAGGUGAUUGUUUCCUGUCUCAGCCAAUAAGUAUGUAAGAUUCACCUUUGUUCUUGACAAUCCUGACUACAUUAUAAAAAAAAAUAAUGAAUAAAAAAAUAAUAAUAAUAAAUCACCCCAUGACUAAAUAUAAGACAAAACUUUUUUUUCCCUGUAAAGACUGAUUCAUUCAUGUCUAAUAACCAUAGCUUCAAAAGUAUCCUAAUAUUUAUAUAAUUAUUUAUAUAAUUAUUAGUAAUUAUAUCUGGCAUAAAUAGAAGGAUAGUAUUGAAGCCACAUACCACUUAUUAUAAACUGACUAGGACUCUAUGUGAAACCAUUUUGUUUUGAGCUGGUGUCUGUCUUGGAUUAC